UUCAAUUCCCAAACAACAAACCCAAAUUAAUUUUUCCACACCACUCAAAACUAAACAAACACUUUUUUUUCUCAUGGCUUUAUCUCUUCAUAAAAAUCUCAUAUUUCUCCCUCCAAAAACCCUAUCCAAAACCCUAACCACCACCACCACCGCCACCGUCAUCCGCUGCGGUUCCGGUCCACGCUCCAACCGCGGACCAUUAGUUAAAGGUAGAAUACUAAGCAAAGAAGCAAUCCUAGCCGUCCAAUCACUAAAACGCUCAUACAAUAAAUCACCACCGUCAAAUCUCCCGGAUCUCACUCGCCUACUCAAAUCCGACCUCUCAGCAAUCCUCAAAGAGCUUCUCCGUCAAGACCUCUGUCUCCUCGCUCUCCACGUCCUCACCAUUCUCCGGUCAGAGUUUUCCGACCAAAUCGACCUAAAUCUGUACGGCGAGGUCAUCUCAGCGCUCACGAGAAACAAAUUGGAGGGCGAUAUUGACCGUUUGAUUGACGAUUUGGGGAAGGAUGAGGGGAAGAUAAUGUGGGAGAGCGACAGGGGAUUUUUGAGAGUGGUUAGAGGUGUGGUAGAUGCUGAUAGGAAGGAAUCGACGGUCAAGAUUGUUCAGAUGUUGAGGAGGAGUGGAUGUGGUGACACGUGGCCUGCUGAUGCGUAUAUUGUUGGGGUUUUGAGUAAAGGGUUGAGGAGGAUGGGUGAGGAGGUUUUGGCUGAUGAGGUCGAUAAGGAAUUUGGUGGGGUUUUUAAAGGUAAUUUGGAUAAAUUAAGUGUGUAAAAUUGUAUUUUUUUCUUUUUAUUGUAACUAAAUUUGACUAAUUGUAAUACAAAUUUAUGCCCUUUAUUGAUAUUUUUAAUAGGGGUAUAAACGAGUUUCGAGUUAAA